GUUCCAUGUUUACAACGUGAGGUUAUACCCAUGUUUACAUUCGAAAAAGCUUUGUUGUAUUAGUUUCUUUACAGUUGAUAGUUUGCUCCAAUAGGUUUUAUUUAGUUAAAUAUGGACCCAGCACUGCUAAGAGAAAGGGAACUAUUUAAAAAAAGAGCUCUUAGCACCCCCACAGUUGAAAAAAAGAAACCUAAAGAUGAUUCGUUUCUCACCCCAAAAGAUGAUUCCAAAAAGAAAUCCAAACCUCCAACCUCAGCCCCAAACUACAAGGCUAUGUCUGGUAGUUCUCAAUACAAAUUCAGUGUGCUUGCUAAAAUUGUCAAGUAUAUGAAACAAAGACAUCAAGAAGGAGAUGACCAUCCCUUAACCUUAGAAGAAAUUUUGGAUGAAACAAAUCAAUUAGAUGCAGGAAGUAAAGUGAAACAGUGGCUCCAGACCGAAGCUUUGGCCAAUAAUCCAAAAAUUGAAGUUAACAAUGAGGGAAAAUACAUUUUUAAAGCACCAUAUAAAAUUAAGGAUAAAAAAGGUCUGCUCCGGUUGUUGAGGCAACAUGAUUUAAAAGGACUUGGUGGAAUAAUGUUAGAAGAUGUGCAAGAAUCUCUUCCUCAUUGUGAUAAAGCUCUUAAGAGUUUGCAAAAUGAAAUUAUAUAUAUUUCACGGCCAAUAGAUAAAAAGAAGAUAAUGUUUUAUAAUGAUAGAGCUGCUACUUUAGGCUUGGAUGAAGAAUUUCAGAAGCUUUGGCGUGCUGUUGCUGUUGAAAGUAUGGAUGACCAGAAAAUAGAAGAAUAUUUAGAGAAACAGGGAAUUAGAUCUAUGCAAGACCAUGGCCUAAAGAAACCAUUGAAUGUUCAGAAACGAAAGAAACCAAUUCAAAGGAAAAGACAGUUUAAAAAGCCUAGAGAUAAUGAACAUUUGGCUGAUGUCUUGGAAACUUAUGAUAAUGAUAAAUAACUGUAUAGUAACAUGUAAUAAGAAGUGAUGUAUUAUACUGUAUAUAAUAAUAUAUUUUUUUAUAAUUUGAA